CAUGAUUUGGCGCAUGAAGUUGGCGAGUUGGAUUACUAAAAUUUGUCCUUGAGAUGUCGGACUCAUGUGUUGGAUCAAAACACAACGUGCCGGGUGUUAUAACCUCCCAGAUCCCCGAAAUCCCCAUAAGUAAGAAUUAACCAAUAAUUACCAAACAACUGGAACGAUUAAUUAACUUCCAAAAUGGACGUAGCGACAGCCUGGAGUGAAGUAUCUCAAAUAUGGAAGGAGAAUCGACACGAAUUAGUGCUUUCUGGUGCGAAAGUGUCCCAGAGAAUAUCUGAAAAUGGACUGGAUAAUAAUAUCUUCCGGCUCCAGGGACUGAACUACUUGAACAUCAGUCAAACAUCCCUGGAGACAAUCCCCCAGGACAUAUCGAAAUUGGAGAACCUCACGACACUGGUCCUCCACUCGAAUAAAAUCUCCAGCCUCCCUAGGGACAUCAGGGCCCUAUCAAAGCUCAAGGUCAUCGAUUGCUCGAGAAAUCAGCUGAAGGAAGUACCUGAUGAGCUCUCCAACUUCCCCCAACUCAUGACCAUCAACUUUGGAUCGAAUUUGCUCGAUCACCUGCCCUGUCAGAAAAUCAAUGUCAAGCUGGCUGCUUUGGAUCUUUCUAAUAAUCAGUUCGAAGUAUUCCCUGACGUGUGUUAUGGAGAACUUGUUCAUCUUGCUGAGAUCAGGGUUAAUGGGAACAAAAUUAAAGAGAUUCCAGGGACACUCAAGCUCCUUCCCUCGUUGAAACUCCUGGAUCUGGCUGAUAAUUGUAUCAAGGAUGUGCCUAGAGAACUGGCGGAUUGUGUGAAACUCAAAGAAUUGAACUUGAAGGGCAACAAAUUGAACGAUAAAAGACUUCACAAACUCGUCGAUCAGUGCAGAACGAAACAAGUUCUUGAUUACGUGAAACAACAUGGCUCCAAGUCUGAGAACUCGUCUGGACAAUCUGGAAAAAACAAGAAGGAUAAAAAAGGGAAUAAAACAUCAGAGAGUGAAACCACUCCCGAUGCAGAGAUACUGACUCAUCAGCUGAUGGUCUUGAAAGUUUCUGAUGACAACCGAGUUGUUAAGAUCCUGGAGAACGUGAAGUCAGUCAGACCUCAUAUUGUCUGCUGCGUAGUUCGUAAUCUGAAUUUUACUGAUGAGAAUUUCAAAAAAUUCAUCCAACUGCAGACAAAAUUGCACGAGGGCAUCUGCGAGAAGAGAAAUGCUGCAACUCUCGCUACACAUGACUUGGAUCUCAUUGUUCCAGGAGAUUUGACGUACACCGCGAAACCACCGAAAGAAUUAAAAAUAAUGCCCCUGAACAGGAGCAAAACGUACACAGCAUCGGCGCUGUUUCAGCAGCUUCAGACGGAGGCUGAUAAUCUCAGAAGAGAGAAAAAGAGAAAUGUUUACUCUGGUGUUCACAGAUACUUGUACCUGAUCGAAGGAAAGCCGGUCUUUCCUUGCCUGCUAGAUGCGUCUGAUCAAGUCAUAUCUCUUCCCCCAAUCACUAACAGUGAAAUCACCAAAAUGUCCACCAACAGCAAGAAUAUGUUCGUAGAGGUGACCAGCAGUACUUCACAGCAAAUUUGCAGGAACGUCAUGGAUCAGUUCCUUAAGGAGCUCCUGCCCCUCGGGAUCGCGACACCUCACAACAACGAGGAAAUCCCACACCAAUACCACAAAUUGCAGAUUGAACGGGUGAAGGGUGUCGAUAUCGAGGGUAACAUGAAACUCGUCUACCCAUCACGAACUGAUCUCAUUUUUGAUGACAAAAAUGUCACAGUGAUUCGAGAAUAAUCGCUAUUCCAUAAACGAACGACUGCAUUUUGCCAGAGUGAAGUGCCGAAUUUUUUCCACAUAUUUAUGUACGUUAUUAUGUAGCCAGAUAAGUUUUGAGCACAAGCUGAAUAAAUUCACCUCACCUAACGUCAAAAAAA